AUGAUCUCAUCAUAUUUGUUUGAGAGGCUUUUGAAGUUUAAGUAAGAGUUGAUUCUUGAGAGCGAAUAAUAAAAAUAUCAAGCACUCUUGCAGUACUCUGAAUUCCGUAAUAUAACUUAGGACAAAAGCAAAAAAAUAGCUGGGUUUUAGGAUUAGUUCAAAGAACUUUAAACCAGCAAAGCUGAGUCACAAAGGAAUUUCUAAGAAGUUACUCAAGAACUAGUCAAAUUAGAAAAUGAAAAAUGCCUAUUGGAAUAAGAAAUAGAAAAAGAAAGCAAUCUAAACAAAGUUUUGAAGGAGAAGAAGAAGACUGAAAGUGCUCUGAUCAAGAUAAAUGAUCAUAGAAUUGAGAGGUUUAAAGCCAGAGAAGCAAAUUUGUUCUUUCAAUACCAAAAAUAUCUACAUAAUAGAAGGUUAGAGAUUAAAGGUAACAUAAGAGUAUUCUGCAGAGUUAGACCAGUACUACCUGAGGAUCAUCUUUAGAUAUACAAUAGAUCAUCAAUAGCUCCAUCUACAUAAAAUCUUGGAAUAAAGUCAAAGAAGAGAAUCGAAGAACUGAAAAUUAACUUGAAUAAAAAUUAAAAGCAGAAUGUCUAGAGUUAAUAGCAAUUACAAUCACAAUAAUAGAAUGAGAAGUCUCUGAAUUUGCAAGCCCUUGAAGAUAAUACUGUAUUGGUGAAAAGUGAGUAGACAGUUGAAAUUAGAAUAUAAGGAUAGAGUGGCAGCUCAAUGAUGAACUAAAAUUUUAACUCUAAUAGCAAUAACUAACUGCCACAAAUCAAUUAUCAAUCUCAUAAGUUCAAGUUUGAUCGAGUAUUCAAUCCAUAGGAUAAUCAGGAAUGUGUGUUUGAAGAGGUUUAAGAAGUAGUGAAAUCAGCUUUGGAUGGCUUCAAAGUGUGUAUAUUUGCAUACGGGCAAACUGGAGCAGGCAAAACCUUUACAAUGGAGGGAGGACAAUCUCUUGAGGAUAUGGGCUUGAUAUCAAGGUCAGUAAGAAUGGUAUUUGAGCACUUAGAUUCAUACAAUCCAAAGGACUGGGAGUUAAUUUAAGUUACUCUAAGCUGCAUUGAAAUACAUAUUGAGACUGUGAGAGACUUACUUAACCCAGGAAACGAGGUAGCACAAAUCAUGACCAACAACUAAAAGUUCAAGCCCACUGAGAUAGAAGUCAAGUCAUAUUCAGAUGUGGAGUUCGUACUUAGGAAAGCUAAGGAAAAUAGAAAAGUUGGGUCCACUGCAAUGAAUUUAAGCUCUUCCAGAAGCCACAGUAUAUACUAGCUUAAGAUAAGAGCUAAGCGAACUGACUCACUCUAAAUUGAUGGAGCCCUCAAUCUAAUAGACUUAGCUGGCAGUGAAAGAAUUUAAGACUCAAAGGUAGAAGGUGAAAGACUUAAAGAAACUUAAGCUAUUAACAAAAGUCUAAGUUGUUUGGGAGAUGUGAUCUCAGCUAUUAUCAAGAAGGAUAGUUAUAUACCUUAUAGGAAUUCUAAGCUCACUCAUUUAUUGUAAAACUUUAUGGGAGGAGAUUCUAAAACUCUAAUGAUGGUGAAUAUUAGUCCCUUGCAAUGUAAUGCUUUUGAAACUCUAACAUCUUUAAAAUUUGCAGCAAAGGUAAAUAGCUGCAAGCAAUUCUCCAAAGAAACAUCGUUUAAUUCCGCCAACAGUUCUAUGAAUAAUUGA